AUGAAAAAAGAAACCGCCGCUGCAUUGCAUUCCGUCGUUGACGAAUUUGAACGUCACACCAAUACCCUCCGACAGCUUGGAGAACCGAUCGAUGCUUGGAGCACAAUGCUAGAACACCUACUUUGUUUGCGCCUUGACGACGGUACGUUGAAAGCCUGGGAAGAUUUCGCUACCACUGCAGAAAACCCCGACUACAAUUGUCUAAUUGAAUUCCUGCAACGUCGCAUCCGUGUCUUGGAAUCGAUGUCUGUGAACCAACAAUCCCAACCAGCACUGAGCCAACAACCACCCUUGUUUCGCAAACCAUCAUUCUACAAAACCGUCUCCCAUACUGCAGCUGAAUCGCCCCAACGAAAAUGUUACUCCUGCGAUCAACAUCAUCCGCUUUUUCAAUGCCCCAGAUUCGAUAAAAUGUCUAUCUCUGAUCGCUUAAAUCUCGUGAACAACCAAUACCUUUGCCACAAUUGUUUCCGCCGUGAUCACAUUGCCAGAAAUUGCCAAUCAAAAUUCUCCUGUCGUCAUUGCAAAAAACGACAUCAUUCGUUACUACACCCUGGCUAUCACCCAACCGAUGCUGAUCAGCAACCAUCCACAUCCCGCACUGCCGCAUAUACAGUGAAAUCCAACGAGAGGCGGGACACCGCAGCGACCAGCCAUCGAUCAACCACGAAUGCGUCCACCGUUCAGAUAAGCAACCCAUCCCAAUCAUCAAAUGCAAGCAUUCUGCUGUCCACAGUCGUUUUGAUGAUUAUCGACGCCAAUGCAAAAGCGCACCCCGCACGAGCAUUGUUGGACAAUGGUUCACAAUCGAACAUCAUCAGCGAAAGACUUUGUCAACUCCUCCGACUGGAGCGCAACAAGAUAAAUAUUCCUGUGUUCGGUGUAGGUGAGGCGAUUUCAAAUAUCAAACACUCAGUUUGGACUACCAUUCGAUCGAGAAAGUGCAAUUUUGAAAUCGGUCUCGACUUUCUCGUCAUGCCCCGCAUCACGAUUGAUUUAACCGUUGUAUCCACUUUUACUGAUAACUGGUGUGCAUCAUCUAAUCUGUUCUUGGCAGACCCAACCUUCAACAAGACCGGUGCAAUUGAUAUUCUACUCGGAGCAGAACAUUUUUUCACUUUCGUGAACUCUGGAACACGUAUCGAGCAAGCGCCAAAUUUGAUCUUCAUCGAUAGUGUUUUCGGUUGGAUCGUCACUGGUAGAAACCAUUCCCCGCUGAAAUCACACCCCGUAGCAUGUCACUUAACGCUUUCCGACCCGCUUCAUAAGGCCCUCGAACGUUUCUGGCACAUUGAGGAAAUUGAGAGUCGGCUCAACUAUUCUGUGGAGGAGCAACAGUGCGAGUCUCAUUAUGUUUCCCACCAUUCACGCACACCGGAGGGAAGGUACAUUGUUCGCCUACCACGUCAUUCCAAUUUCGAUCAAAUGCUGGGUGAAUCGAAAUCAACAGCACUUCGUCGCUUCCUCUGUCUUGAAAAACGCCUUUGCAGAGAACCAAUGUUGAAGGACCAUUACCACUCAUUCAUGUCUGAAUAUUUGUCGCUUGGACAUAUGAGGCUGGUUUCCGCUAGCGAACACGAACCGCACCAGACUCACUACUUACCACAUCAUGCCGUUCUGAAAGAGGCCAGUACAACCACGAAAGUUCGAGUGGUGUUUGAUGGAUCAGCCAAAACAUCGACUGGCCAUUCCUUAAACGACGCGCUACAAGUUGGUCCAAUCGUGCAAGACGAAUUAUUAACGCUAAUACUUCGUUUUCGCAAAUACCCAAUAGCACUCGUUGCAGAUAUUGCAAAAAUGUAUCGCCAAGUGAUGCUCCACCCAAAAGAUACACCGCUGCAACGUAUUCUAUGGCGCUUCAAUCCCAAUGAACCCGUUUCCACUUUUGAGUUACAAACUGUAACGUACGGCUUGGCCCCAUCAUCCUACCUUGCCACCCGCACUCUUCAGCAACUUGCCACGGACGAAGGAGAUUGCUAUCCGCUCGGGGGUCCAGCGCUACGGAAGGGGUUUUAUGUAGACGACUAUAUAGGGGGAGCAGACACGACAGAAGAGGCAAUCCAAACCCGCAACGAACUCGAUGAGCUGCUAUCAAAGGGAGGCUUUGAGUUGAGAAAGUGGACGUCAAAUAGCUUAACCGUGCUGGAAGGACAAAUCAAAAAUUGGUACCCAACCGAUGUUUAA